CCGGCCAAGCUCCGCCCCGCCGCCUUCGCCGCCGCCGCCGCCUCUCCGCUGCGGGGACGUGCACUCACUCGGCGGGCCAUGGAGGCGGCGCGGCGGCGGCUGCGGGCGGGCGGCGGGGCGAGGGCCCGGCGCUCCGCGCUGCUGCUGCUGGCGGCGGUGGCGGUGCUGGGAGGCGAGGCGGCGGAGGCGGAGGAUCCGCGCCCGGGGCGGCAGCGGGGGGACGAGCAGUGCCAUUACUACGCGGGAGGGCAGGUCUACCCCGGGGAGGCGGCUCGUCUGCCCGUCUCCGACCACUCGCUGCACCUCAGCCAGGCCAAGAUCUCCAAGCCAGCACCUUACUGGGAAGGAACAGCAGUCAUUAAUGGAGAGUUUAAAGAGCUGAAAUUAACAGAUUAUGAAGGAAAAUAUCUUGUCUUCUUCUUCUAUCCUCUUGACUUUACAUUUGUAUGUCCAACUGAGAUAAUCGCCUUCAGUGACAGAAUUGAAGAAUUCAGAGCAAUAAAUACCGAAGUAGUAGCAUGCUCUGUGGACUCCAAGUUCACUCAUUUAGCAUGGAUUAAUACUCCUCGAAAACAAGGGGGACUUGGACCUAUGAAGAUUCCGCUUCUUUCAGAUUUGACACACCAAAUUUCAAAGGAUUAUGGUGUAUAUCUGGAAGAUCAAGGGCAUACACUUAGAGGCCUUUUCAUCAUUGAUGAUAAGAGAAUCCUUCGACAGAUCACGAUGAAUGACCUUCCUGUUGGGAGAUCAGUGGAUGAAACGCUUCGUUUAGUACAAGCGUUCCAGUACACGGACAAACAUGGAGAAGUUUGCCCUGCUGGUUGGAAACCUGGCAGUGAAACAAUCAAACCAGAGGAAGCCAUGAGAGUGUGGUGGCCAAGGGAAGAACUAUAAUUCCAGAUCCAGCUGGAAAACUGAAGUAUUUUGAUAAACUGAACUGAGGCUCGCUUCUGUUGAACUACAUAGGUUACACUCAACUUGAUUUUUGCCAAUAAAAUUUCAUUAAUUUUGUUA